AUUUGCCACAUUCCAUUUUAUACAACUGUAUGAUUUGCAGAAGAUCCAAGACGACAAACCGGUAUUCUCACUGACCGCCAAGACUGGUGCGCUGAAGACUCUGUUCCACCAGUUCUCACAGAUGCACUUACUGGGGACAUAUAUUUCCAGGAGCUAAAAGAUGCAGCUGAACAGGUGAAACAGUUGAAGAAACAGAACAAUGUCUCAUCUGGUGGGAAUAGCGACCGUGGCAUCUACGCUCAGUGUGGGUUAAAAGAGUACCUCAGAACAGUGGAAACGUUCGUAGACAAUCACUUUCCUGAAAUUCCAACAAACUCACAGCCACUCAUUGAGGACUACCUGAAUGAUGCUAUGAGUUUUAUUUACAAUAAGGUGACUUGCUUAGUUCCAGUCUUGGAGGAUUCACGACUAGUGAGUUACCUGGUUGACAGUUAUAAUCGCCACCUGUUUGACAUGUUGCGCUUGUUAACGAAUAAAAGUUCAUCAGUAAAAGACUCCUUGUUCCUGCUACAGUGGGUGAAGAAUACAUACUUUAGUCAGGACCAUGAAGGAUGCCUAAUCAAACAGAGGGGGGUACUCAGUGUAUCAGACCCUUUCUUGCUGUCUGACUGGUUGGAGUACUCAAAGCAAAAACUCCUUACACUUGUUCAAGAGGAUAUCUCAACCACCCUGCACAAUAUCUUGCAACAUGAUGACCCUAAGAGUAUUUGUGAAGACAACAACGAGGAGACUUUCAUUCAAGUUCAACUUGAUGUUAUACAGUGUCUUAAUGCUCAUAUUCAGGCAAGUAAGACAGUCAGCCAUACAAUGCAAAAAGCUGUACAAAGACUUUGUUGCGAUGAACUUCACAAUUUCAUACAGAGGUAUGUAAAUGCACAAAGGGUCGAUGAGGCAUCUUUAUCACAUGAUUUCAGGAUAAUUUAUACCUGUAGGCACCUCAGGUCCUAUGCUCUAAGUGUUAUUGAUUUAAACAAUAACACAGAUUCAUCCACUCUUCUAUUGUUAAAAAACUUGGAGACUCAGUCUUUAUCCAGUGCACAGCAGCAGUUUGCAAACAUAGCAAAGGAAAAUAUAAAGAAGUAUUUCAGCGAAGACGAUAGACAUUUGAAUGAUAUGAUAAUCAUAAUUCAAAACAUAAUUGCAACUUUUCCACAAAUAGAACAGGGAAAUGAGACAAAAGAGCUUAUUGUAAAAGCAGCAUACCACAGUAUUACUAGAUCAUACCUGGAGUGUUUACUGCAAAUGAAGUACAAAAAACUGGAAAAGAGAUGGGAUGAUGUGGAAAAAAAGAUAAUGUGGGAUGCUGAACAAUUUCACUCUCUCUUUGCAAAUCAGAGUGGAAGUGAUGAUAAGCAGAAAACGCUCCUGUUAAAAAUGGGUGAGAUUUUACAGUGUCAUAAUGCAGAUACUCUUAAACUUCUAUGCGCAGACCUGUACAUCACAUUCCCUAAGGAGAGUGAGGCGUACACAUCUGCCCUACUGCGUUGGAGAGGAAAAUUGCCAAGACGACAGAUUAAGGAAAUAAUUAGUGUCAGUAGGGAAGCUAAAGACUACAUCAGAAAUAUAGACCAUGUCAGACCCCAUUCAUUGUGGUGCUGUCUUCGAUGAAUAUAAACACAAAGCUGAUGAUCCAUGAAAGGCCCAAGACUUUAAUAUGUACUGUAUAUGGGUGUUUUUCCAAAAGCAUUACUGUAGAAACAAAUGUGGAACUGAUUAAAGGGUUAUAAGAAAUUAUUUAAAAUAUAUUUUAC